AUGUUGCGAGUCGGGUCCUGGUUGUACGGCAAGAAGCCGGCGCAGUCUGUAGACUCGCUGGUUGAGUUAAAGGACUUACACGAGGCGAUGACAGCGGCAACGUUGAUUCUCAACGAUGAUGUUGACGGUGCGGAGAGCGGUCUCUCCACGGGCACUUCGUCUUUUCACAACUUGGGUAAAGGCGUGGUCGCAUUCGUCCGGGCAACAUUAGGUUUCGAGCAGGAGAUUAUGCGACAAGCAUCCGAGCGCCUUUAUGAAGCAGAAACCAGCGCAGCCAACGAUCAAACCCGGUCCCAGCAAAACGCCCAAGCACCCAAUGCCUUUCACUCCGAUAUCUAUGCUGCAGGUACCGAAUAUGCGCUGUGCCAAGCAAUCGCCCAAUUGAUGAGUGCGGUUGUCGGGGUACUGAAUGAAAGCCUAACAGAAAGCAUCAAAGCAUUCUAUCGGCUAAGAAAGGCUUACAUCGCAUUGGAUGCUAUCCUGAAAAUGGAAGAGAAGUUUAUGGAGCAGAGGGAUCUACGCAAAACUCUAUUGCCUACUGCGAGUGACCUCUCAAUCUCAAGCGCUGCAUGCCCAGACACGAAGUCGGAAUCGUCUAGUCUUGCAUCGAAAAAGGGCGAGAAGGUGGCUACCGUCGAGCAAACCGAGCUCAGUUCGUCAAUGAAUGGAUUGGCGGUCUCUCCCCGAGCGGUGUCCCCUAACGCCGUAACGGGCACUUCCACACCUGUGAAGCAUAUUCACCACGAUCCCGACUCGGAUAUCUUCAAAAACGAAAUCGAUGUUUUCAUUCACUCUGGCGCCAACUUCUGCUUUGGUAUUAUUCUUCUACUAAUCUCCAUGGUCCCACCGGCCUUCAGCAAGCUUCUCUCCAUUAUUGGCUUCCACGGCGACAAGCAACGAGGACUGAGAAUGCUCUGGCAAGCUAGCAAGUUCCACAACUUUAUCGGUGCCAUGGCUGCUUUGGCACUGCUAGGUUAUUACAAUGGUUUUGUCCGCUAUUGCGAUAUCAUGCCCGACCCAACUCCUGGCGAAACCGACGUCGAGGGAUACCCACAGGAGAGGCUGUCUGCGUUGCUGGCGGAGAUGCGGUCUCGGUUCCCCAACAGUCAACUUUGGUUGAUCGAAGAAUCCCGGAUGCUAGGCGCGAAUAAGGACUUGGGCAAGGCCCUGGACCUGUUGUCCACGGACAAGAAGAGCCCGCUCAAACAGGUCGAGGCGCUGUGCGUGUUCGAAAAGAGCUUGAACGCACUGUUCCUCCACAGAUACGAUGUCUGCGCUGAGGCAUUCAUCGAGUGUGUGGACCUUAACUCAUGGUCUCGUUCAUUAUAUUACUACAUCGCCGGAUCUUGCCAUGUCGCCCUGUACCGGCAAUCACUCAACGACCCAAAGCUUGCAGAGCAACACGCCAAAAAAGCCACCCUCUACAUGCGGAAAGCACCCGAAUUCGCCGGGAAAAAGAAGUUCAUGGCCCGACAACUGCCGUUCGAUAUCUUUGUGACUCGGAGAAUUGCUAAAUGGGAGGCGCGCGCCAAAGAAUGGAAUGUGUCUCUGGUGGAUGCGAUUGGAGUUGAUCCCAUCGAAGAAAUGAUCUUCUUCUGGAAUGGACACAGUCGCAUGACCAACGAGCAGUUAGAAGAGUCCCUGGCCCGGCUGAAAUGGUGCGAAAGCGAAAACAACAAAACGUGGUCUCGCGAGGGGAUAGAAGAAAAGGCGAUCCUGGAGCUUCUCCGGGCUGCCAUUUUGCGAUCACUGCACAGACACGACGAGGCGAGGAAGAUCCUGCUGACUCGAGUUUUGAAUCAUGACAAGUCUCUGUUCAAGGGCCACCUAAAGGAUGACUGGGUUCACCCAGUCGCGCAUUUCGAGAUGGCCGCCAACUUCUGGAUGGAGCGUCCCACAUACCAAGCCCUGCAUGGGAUUACUGCUUCCCCGAAGGCGUCGGCGGGAUCUGGGGAGAUGAGCACAGUGACCGAGAGGAAGCAGGUAUCUGAGUGCAAGGGAUACCUUGAUCAUGCUGCUCGCUGGGAGAGCUACGAGCUGGACGCUCGUGUUGGAAUCAAGGUUACUGCGGGGAUGGAAGCUGUCCAUAAAUGGGAGACCAUGCACCCCACAGUCUAA